AUGGAUAUAAAGCCUGGAGAUCGAGUCAUCGCGGCGAGGGUCCCAAUGGAGGGUGGGGGAUCUAUUUCCGGUUUGAUGGUCGUUCGGCCCGGAAGUAACCGACGGGGAAGCGAUAAUGGGAGCCAUAAGAGCGAGAGCUCGAAGGGUAGUGAAGUUGGAGACAUUCAGCCGAAACGAUCGGCAAAGAUUGCAGCUGGUCCUCCUCCAAUUGGCCUCGGUAUUACAAUGAUGCCUCCUCCCUCAAAGGUGGUGGGGAGGGGGUCGCGGGAGUCAGAGGUUCAGGCUCGCCCAGCAACACUGCUAGUUCCCCGGAUAUCUGUCGAAGCACCCCCUACCCCGGUAGUCACUCAACCAGUUGUAACCCCUGCUCCUCUGGCUGCUUCGACCUCGGCGCCCACGGCAGCUCCAGCGACUCUUCAGAAAUACCCAACAAUUGCAAAAAUGUCAUAUCCUACCCCAGACCAGUUUUCAUAUAAGCCAAUUGACCGGUCUCAAAUUCCUUCAACAAACUUCCCUGGAAAGGUUAUGGUUGCUCCAGUUCUUACUCCCGUUGUGGCCUCGGCGCCGGUGAAGGCCCCGCAGAGGGCCCCGCAGAAGGUCCCGCAGAAGGCUCAUGCUCCGGUUGUUGUGGUCGCCCCACCUGUCAAACCGCCACCGACGAGCAAAGUACCCCCGGGUCAGCCCCCUGUGGCUAGAGCGCCUGCGAACCUUCCAUUACCAGCUACGGAGCCUCAACCCCCCCCAGCUCCUAUUGAACGGCCAGAAUCCAUUGCGUCAUCAAUCUCUUCGUGCACAACCACAACCUCCUCAUCAUUAUCAACAUCGUCAACGGCGUCUGAGAAACCAACGCCUCGGCAAAUCACCUACUCCCCGCACCCAGUUUCAUCCCCUGGCUCCUCCAGUUCCUCCCUAGUGAGUGUCUCUUCAGCCGGCUCGUCCUCGACGACAACCUCGUCUGCACACCCACGUCAUAUCCCAUCGUCAGAACCUAUUGUUCCAGAAAUGUCAAGUAGAAAACCGGCAUACUACAGGUAUGCACCAAAGAAAGACACCUCACAAAAGCGAAUAAUGGACUCCCCAGCGUUCCCCCAAGGCGACGAAGCAGUUAAACCCCGGAAACCUGCAGGGCCCUGGGACGGAAGACCAGGCGCAGACCCAAACCUCGGAGCCUACUACCGUACUGCCGAAGCCGAGAAACUAGAACAGUCGAAAUCUCACUUGAGCUCGGGAGAGACUUGGGUGGACGAAGCUAAUAUAGCAAACUACUAUAAACAGGCUGACGCACAAAAGCGUAAGAUGGCUCUGGAAAAGAUGAAGAAGGAGCAGGAAUAUUCAGACAACGAAUCCAUAGCUUCUUCGUCUGUCGUCUCAUCUGCCGCUUCAUCAGAAGCGUGGGUAGACCCGAACGUGGCGGUGUACUACCGCCACGCCGAAUCCGAGAAAGAAAAGAAGAAACAGCUGGAGCUCCUAACACCAAAGAAGCAGCAACCGGCACCAAGACCAGGAGACGAAAAGGCCCUGAGAGUCUAUUCCUCUCCACCUACCCCCGCUAUUAGCAGCCACCUCCCAUCGCCGGGCAUCCGCCUCCGGCACGUCCGCGGCGGUCUAUCUUCCCACCCCGUGCCCCCACCAGCGCCCACGCCCCCACCGCCUGACACCACAGACACCGAAACCCUCGGCGACACGCCUACUGAAAAGAAGCCUGGACCUCCAAAGGGUGCGGCAGAAGCAUGGUUUCAGGCUUCAAUGGCGGCAAAGGGUGAGAGUGCGAGCGAUUAUUGGAAUUCGUCGAGGUCGACUAUUGAGAGUCCUGAGGAGGAGGUUGGGGGAGAGAAGGUGGAGUUUCCAGAGGGAUUACCUCCUGCACCGACGCCGCCGUUGAGCCGGGAGGAUACCCCUGCGGGGGCGAUGGGAGAGGGGUCUUAUUAUCCGGCGGCGGCGGGGUAUAGGGAGGAGAAAAAGAAGGGUUAUCGGAGGUGAUCUCCUUGGUAAUCGUGGAGACUGAAUGGACGUCGGAUGGUAUAUUACAACAGCUUAGUUCUUUUCCUAUCUGUUGGGGGUUUAUGUGAAAUGCUGGAGGGGAGAUGGUUUCUUUCAUCAUCUUCCCAUUCUUAAUUAUCUUUUUCUCGCUUCUUUUUCCUUUCCAGAUUGCGUUUGUCUGUGGAUCAUGCAAUUUACUUUGGAUAUAUAGCGCUGUGGGCAUUAUUAUUCCCUAAAAUUUUUCUUUUUUCUCCCAUACUCCCUUCUACAAUUGGCGGGUGUGAAAGUAGAGGUUUAUUUCCUACUUUUCUUGCCUUAUUUUCGUUUUGCUGUUUCGAUUUGUUACGACUGAUGAAGGGCACAAUUAUGGGAUUGAUUACUGGCUGGUUGGGCUCGGUUGGGGUGCUAGGUUGGGAGGAUAUCGGUAUGCAAGGGAUCGGUUGGUGCGAUGCUGGUGUUAAGUGUUUUUAUUAUUUCCUUGCCAUUUCCAUCCAUCUCAUCAUUUCCUCAUUUCAUCUCAUCUCACCUCGCCCGCACACCCUGCCUGCUUCACAGAAAAAAACCAAAUCCCAAAAUCCCAUUAGGGAUAGCGACACUGUUUGUCACUAGACUGAUUUAUUUUCCCUUCUUUUCCUUUCAUUGACAGAAUUUGGCGUUUAGCUGGUGUGUUGUGGAUGUUGGAGGGGUGUUUCUUUUUUCCUCGAAGAUUGUGGAAUGAGGCAAAAGUGGAGGUUUUGCCGUCUUUGAGGGAAAUUUGUGCUGAGAAUGAUUCGGGUGUGUGUGAACGAUGUGUAGUAUAUUAUGUUAUGUAUUGUAGUAUAGCAUGAGUUAUGAAUUGAGGGUGUACAUGA